AUGAUGAUGUGGAGUCUUCGGAGUGCGUCGUCGCGCCUCGCCCGGCCCAUGCUGCAUCAGCGUGUGUGUGUGCCUGUGCGUACCUUCCAGCAGAGUGCUGUGCCACGUACGAAGACCAAUGCUGUAGCGCAGUACGUCGGUCCGUUCCGGAUGGCAUACUAUCGCAUCAAGUUGUUUUCACUCUCGUCGUUGGCUGUAGCCUCGAUCUUUGCGCCGGUGUUUGUGCUGUGGCCGCACAAAAUGGAAAUGGCGGCGCGUCUUGGCAUUGCUGCUACGACGCUCGGAGCGAGUUCUGUGAGCACUGGUUUGAUCUCGUGGAUCGGUUCGCCGUACGUCGGCCACAUGACGCUGCGCAAGGCAGAACCUGAUGCAGCGCCCUUGCACUACAUGACGGAGAGCGCCAACGAGCGUCUGCUGGAUGAUACGCCAAGCGAUCCAAGCCGUCAUGCUAGUGAGAAAUACUACCUGGAAAUUGCCACGCUUAGCUGGCACAUGCGCUCGCUGAAAACGACAGUGUAUGCGCCCUCGCUCCUCCGGCCUACGACGCGUGCCCUAGCUACGUGGGAGUUGCCGGAAAUGCCGAACCCUUUGACCAUUGAGCACCCGAAGCUGGUGGGCGAACAUACCGUCUCCAGCCUGGUCGCAGAGACGGUGGAUGUCUCCAGCGGCAAAGUCAUUGGCCGCUGGUGGGCCCGCUGGCGCGUCUCGCCAACAGAGAGCGAUGAGCCUAUGGCCUUUGAGGGCGUGUGUGAGAGCGAAGGCAAGCCUGUACGCUACUUCUAUGUAGAUGAGGCGCAACUCGGCGACGAGUGGCGCGUAUUGGAGUAG